CUCCCUCCUGUAAGGAAAAACUAAGGCCUCUCUCGAUCGAACCAAAUGACACGACCACGUCUGCCUGACCCUCUCCCCAUUCACCCCUGCCCCUUUUAAAGUCACGAGACCACACUGUCCCUUGUUGUUCUUUCAAUUUGAGAGAGAGAGAGAAGGAGAUGAGUUCAGGGGUUUGGCAGAGAAACUGGGAGCUUUCAAAGCUCCUUUCCCCCCCCCUUCACUCGACUAGCCUCUUUAUUGCAGUCUCAAACUGAAGUCAUAAUUUUAUAAAGCUUUAGUUAUUUUCCCAUCUGAAAGAGUGUUUACCUCAUUUUUUUCUGUCUGUCUCUGUCGGUACCAUGAGACACGAGAAUAACCCAUUAGACCUCAACAACUUGCCCGAGGAUUACUCUAGAGAUGGUAAACAAGUCCUUGAUGAAGGCUCCUCCUCUGGCUGCAGGAAAAAGAAAAGCGGCGCUAAGAAUGGGAAAGAAGAGUGUGGUAAGGUCUAUGAGUGUAGGUUUUGUUCCCUCAAGUUCUGCAAAUCUCAAGCUCUUGGAGGGCACAUGAACCGACACAGACAAGAGAGGGAGACAGAAACAUUGAACCGGGCUCGCCAACUGGUGUUCAAUAGUGAUACUUUAGCAGCCCCUGGGGGUCAUCCAGGCUGCCAUCCGAUGGGAACAGGGAGCUACAUUCCAGCAGGCAACAUUGGAGAUCCAUUUAGAUCUGUGUACCCACCAAGACUGUUCCCUGGCUCUUCAUCAACUCUCUUACCAGCACCACCAAAUCAACAUCCUCAUCAAUCAUAUCUAUACACGCCUCCUUCACGCCUCCCGGCUUAUAAAUCGCAGUAUCCUCAACAGCCCAUCAACGAUUACUACAUAGGACAUGUACUCAACAACACUUCACAAACAUACCCUUCCCACCAGAACAUGAACUACAACAUGGGUGGCUCAGAAUCCAAUUACACUUGCAUUGGUGCACCAGUAGGUCACGGUGGGUUCGGACCUGGUUCAAGCCGUAGCACGGAAGGAAGUGGUAGAGAUGGAUCACUGAGCAAUCAGGAGGAUGGUUUGAAUUGGGGAAGGAACCAUGCAGCAGGAGGACAGCAGCGGUGUUUGGAUCAUCCUUCAUCGAUCAAUCGGUUUCAAGAUGGGUUUUAAAGAUUGUUUUUGUUUUUCUUUCUUUUCUCUUGUUCUACUUUUGUGGGAUUAAUGGUAGUAUUGAAUGAAGCAUAUUGAUCUGCCUUGACACGGUACCCAUGGAGAGAGAUAAGAGAGGGACUUAACAAACUGACGAAUGGGGUCGUGCAAAGGAGGAGAGAAGUUUUUGCUUUUUAUGUACAGGGAUUGGUGCAGCUUUCUGAGCUCAUGGACACUCUCAGCUACUUUGGCUUGGAGCUGUGGGGUUUGGAUGGGGGCAUAUGUUGGUGUUGGUACUGUAAUUGUACAAACCAACUGAGAAAGAGAGGGGACUUUAGGCUAUAUAGGUUGUGAGAUGGGACAAGGAGUCCGAUUUGAACUGAAAGCUCCUAACCCCCUUUCGCAUUUGGACUUUGAUUUUGCAUGGCUGCUUUCCUUUA